AUGAGGGAGACCCCUACUGUAGAGGCUGUAAGACUCCGAAUCGAGUUUGAGUCGGUAGAUCCAGAGGUGAAAAUCUAUUUCCAACAUGAUAAAACAGUUUCACAGGAGAAAGUGAACCGAUCCGUGAUAUGGCUUAGCGAGGAACCGCCAACUAGCGACGGUGCCAAUUUCGGUGGCGUGAUAUUUCUGCAGAACGAACAACAGAUGAUCAGUCUUCUAGCGCACAUGCGCCCAUCCACUAGAGAAGCCAUGGUGGCCUUCAUUACCGCUUCAGGUUGCUGGAUGACCUUCGUAGCCAACGGACUCUUGAUGGAGAGCGUUGGGUUCUCGUUCAGGGAAGAAAAGUUAUCAUCGACUUCCACCCAGGAACUUCAAAAGUUCAUCGAACAAGAGAGAAACAAGGAUUUCCUCAAGCUUUAUUCGGAAGCUCUAGAUGAACUAACCGAUGGGUCAGUUGAUGUGAAUGAGCUAUGUAAUCACUUGGAUCAAGCCUACAGAAAGCAUGUAUCAACUUAUGCAGAGCCAAGCAUCCCCGACGAUGAUGAACUGUUUGGCCAGGCGUACCAUCAUGUCGUACACUCAGCAGACGCAGAAGAACUAAUGAGGUUGGAACAGUCUUUUGCAUUGGCAGUCUCUACAGAGGUGGAUAAGAAGAAUGCCGUGUUGAAGAGAAUGGACGAAGAGUUGAUAAAAAAUACAGAGAUAGGAUUGCAAAAGCUUGGACCUGACAUCCCACAAACCAUCACUCAGAUGCAGGGAACCCAUAUUCGCAACCGUGAGCUGGUAGAAAGCCAAUGGAACAGCUGUAUAAGUGAGCUAAAACGAAUUCAGCGACGUGAGUUGCGGGCCUUCGUGAUGUCUAUCGAAGAACGCCGGUCUUCUUCAGGGACGGGAUGUGAACCGACUACCCAACCGCUCAUCUGUCCUGUGACUGACCUUCCCGGAACCAAACGCCGCAUAAAAACACCCAAACGAACCACAACUGGGCGUCCCAACGAACCAUGGUCCCAGAGCUUCACUGUGCAGCUUGGCCGUCAGCUUCGAACUACCUGUAAUUUCCGCCUGAUACGGGCCGACCCGAUGAGCUUGUUGAACAACUUGGGUUUUUUGUCUAAAGAAUUUGAAUACCCUGAUCAGUCCAAUUCACCUGCGGAUGAUUUGGCUGAGCGAUUGAGCAAUGCCCUGGGUCUUUAUUCACACGAGUUGAACGGAAUGGUUGUGAUCGUAGACAAGCGAAUCAAUUCAUUUCGAGGCAUCAACCGACGCCUUGCCGAAGCGUGUGAACGCUCUACAGAAUUUCACUUUCCUGAUUUGGAUUAUCAACUGGCCUCGAUUCAAGAGACCAUCAAUCGUCUUGGCCCGCGGCAGCCAGCCACCGUAGAUGGUGACACUUUGGCUGUAGCCUGUCCAGCAGUGGAUUCUGAUCAGUCUGGCAGGUCGCGUGAACCAGCUCACGGGGACGUGUAUAUCACCAAGCAUUCAAAUCUUGCUGGUGGUAUUGGUGGCCUGGCUGGUGGUGGUGGUGGAAUAAGCGUGAUCUUUCACCUUGUUCAGGACGAAUCCCCGGACCAGGAUGAGGGUCGUAUUCGAUCUGGAACUCCACUCCAUUGUUCACUCUCAGCUAUUUUACGUGCUUGCUUUGACUACGACAUCACGACGCUAUCGAUGCCGUUGUUACUUGUCCCUAGCCUGCGAGAGCACAUGAACGCCUCAUGGCGUGCUAGACGCGCCGAAAGUGUUUUCAAAGCACUCAAAGGAGCUUUGAUGGAUCUGAGCACCUGGCGAGGUCCCACGGUUCGUUCUGUUCAGUUUCUCGCACCAACAGAAUUAUCGGACAAUGAAUUGGAAACCUUUGGCCACACGAUUAAUGCUUCUUUCCUUCAACCUGUCCCAGUCAUCGUACCCAGCUAAUUUGUUGUCUACCGCCGAAUGUGACCUAUGCAGUCAGACGCGUUUUGUUUUGUGACCCAGUUGUCUUUCAGUGCUGUUUCGUAUCUUCAUUAAUACUUAUACCCCUGCUCUACAACAUAAUUCCG